GGAUGGCUGUUGAAAUUUUGCAAUGAAAAUGACUGCUAAGUGUGGGAGAAAUGUAGGUAAUUUCCCCAGUCCGAAGUGAUGUUUUGUCUUCUGUGUCGAAAAGAGCUAAUCAAAGCCUACUUUGCCAGUACAGCAUUACACAUUGAUUGCCCGGAGGCUUCCAGCUCCGAAGCCAAAGAGAGUUGCUAUGGGAAUCAAGAGGACACUUGGAGACAGGAUCUGGGGCUUGGCUCUCUCCCCGUCCCUGGCUGUUGGAGUCACAGGAAUGAAGAAAGAAAGAAAAAAAGAGGAGGUGGCAGAGAGGCACAAGGAAAUGCAUGCAUGCUAAGAGGAGGGACUGUGGUAGCUUCAGAAGAGCAAAGACACUAAUGCAUCUGGCAGUGGAGGGUCUGCUUAGGUUGGCUGGACCUUAUUCCUGCUGCAGAGUUAAUCUAACAAAACUACAGGAAAAGUCUGACUGUAGCAAGUCUUCAAAAAGAUGGGAUCCAGUUCAUCGACAUAUCGCCCCAAGUGUGUAUACCUGGAUAUUGAUGGAAGGAUUCAGAAGGUGGCCUUCAGUAAAUACUGUAAUUCAAGAGAUAUUAUGGACCUCUUCUGUAUUGCAACUGGCUUACCAAGGAAUACAACCAUUUCACUUUUCACAGCAGAUGACUGCAUGGUUUCCAUUGAUCCUACCAUGCCAGCAAACUCAAAAAGGACUCCAUACAAAGUAAGACCUGUGGCCACCAGGCAACAAACAGAAAAAGAGGAAUUGUUCCAGAAUUUGCUGGUGCAGGUGAUCGAGCAAUUCUCCAGGGUAUUUAAAAUCGAUGAGCUGAAAACUGAAGUAGUUAAUCACUUGGCAAUGCUGGAGAAAAGAGUUGAAUUGGAAGGACUGAAAGUAGUGGAGAUUGAAAAGUGUAAGAGUGACAUUAAAAAGAUGAGGGAUGAAAUGGCAGCAAGAAGCACCAGGACCAGCUGUCCCUGUAAAUAUAGCUUUCUGGAUGAAAACAAGAAGUUGAUGCCUCGAAGAGAUGUACCAUCCUAUCCCAAGUACAUGCUUUCUCAGGAGACAAUAGAAGCUCUUAGGAAACCAACCUUUGACGUCUGGCUAUGGGAGCCCAAUGAGAAUGAUGCUAUGAUGAAUUUACAAAAGGAGUUAUACUGGCUGAUCUUCAUAAUACAAACAACUCAUGGAAAACAGAAUUAUACAAAAUAUUUUAUUAUUAAGAUCUGCAAGACUGAUGUGAUGCUGAGUUGUUUAGAACAUAUGUAUCAUGAUUUAGGAUUAGUGAAAGACUUUAACAUCAACCCUAUCACAUUGAAACGGUGGCUGCUGUGUAUUCAUGACAAUUACAGAAACAAUCCAUUCCAUAAUUUUCGACAUUGCUUCUGUGUUACUCAGAUGAUGUACAGCAUGAUCUCACUCUGCAAUCUCCAGGUAAAAAUUUCUCAAAUGGAUAUCUUAAUGCUAAUGACUGCAUCAGUGUGCCAUGAUUUGGAUCACCCAGGAUAUAACAACACGUACCAGAUUAAUGCACGGACAGAGCUUGCUGUGCGCUACAAUGACAUUUCCCCACUAGAAAACCAUCACUGUGCAGUGGCUUUCCAGAUCCUUGCACAGCCAGAAUGCAACAUCUUCUCAAAUGUUGAUAAGGAACAGUUCAAACGGAUUAGGCAGGGGAUAAUUACAUUAAUCCUAGCAACAGACAUGGCAAGGCAUGCUGAAAUACUGGAUUCCUUCAAAGAAAUACUGGAUAACUUUGACUAUUCAAAUGAGGAGCAUUUAAUCCGGUUGAAAAUGGUCCUGAUCAAAUGUUGUGAUAUCUCCAAUGAAGUUCGCCCAAUGGAAGUGGCAGAGCCAUGGGUAGACUGCUUAUUAGAGGAGUAUUUUACGCAGAGUGACCGGGAAAAAUCUGAAGGCCUUCCAGUGGCACCUUUUAUGGACCGAGACAAAGUGACCAAACCUACAGCACAGAUAGGCUUCCUGAAAUUUGUUCUUAUUCCAAUGUUUGAAACUGUAACUAAGCUUUUUCCAGAGGUUGAAGAAGUACUGCUCCAACCUCUUUGGGAAUCCAGGGAUCGCUACGAGGAGCUGAAGCAAAUAGAUGAUGCUAUGAAAGAGUUACAGAAGAAGAAGAAUGAAAGUUUAGCAAUUGGAAGCAAGGAGAAGUGAAAAGCAAAUAAAAAUAAGGCACAUCAAGCAUAAUAAUGGACACAAAGAUCCUUUAGAGGUUUGCCAAGUCUAGCUAAGCAUCAUUGGAUUGCACAGCAUCGACAGAGGAUGAGACUGAACAGCUGAUAUUAAUAUAAGCACUUUUCAAAAAACUAGUAUUUAUCCUUAUGGAUGCAAACAAUAAGGAGCCUCCACUGUUGUACAUUUUUUUUUAAAGUCAUCUUCUAAAUAAUAUAUUCUUAUACCAAAAAAAUGGCUGCUGAAAUUAUUCUCUUUUUUAGAUUUUAUAUGUUUUUCUUUUUUAACUGCUUCUGGUUGUUUUAUGGAGAUGUAUUGGGGAAAUUUGUACUUUUUAAGCAAGUUGUUUUAGAAAUCUUUCAGAAUGUAAUUUUGUGUACGAUUAAAGCAACAACAAUGGAUCUCAUUAUGUCUGUGUAAAUUAAGAAGCAAGAUCCUGCCCUGUCACCUUGCUGACAAGACUGAGAGCGGGUAUCUAACAAGAAGGAUUAUUUAACCUUCUCUGGUCAGCAACUAUUUGCCAAGAAAACGCUGCAGAGAAGGAAGUUAGACCAAGGCCUCAGGCUAUCUGACACCCGAGACAUGUAUUUUUAGGACUCACCCUAUUUUGGGAUUUUAGGUUGUUUUUAAAUAGUUUUUUUAUGUCAUAUUUUAAAAUUGUUGUAACCUGCCCUGGGACCUUUGGGUGAAGGGCAGGUAACGGAUGAUGAUGUUGAUGAUGAUACCUCCUAUGGCCUGCAGCAUAGUCUGUCUCUACAUAUGCUAUUCCUCCAUCCUCUCUUUUGUUUCUGGGUUGGUAACUACAGGGUACAGAUGGUCCUUCUGAGGGACAGAUGUGGCCUAGCUGUUUCCAGUUGCCUUAUUCCUAAGCACUGAGAGAACUGUAAAGGGCCCCAGUGAUGGUAUGAAGGCACAUGAAGCAGUUCUGCUGCCAAGGCUAGACAAGUCUAGCAUGUAAACUGCCUGAAUAAGAAAUCAAACUGUCUGGGGAACCAGAGCUAAGCUGCUCUGGGUUCCUUCUAAGAAGAGUAAAGUGUAAUAAAUAACUAAUGCUCCUGCAUUCACUGCAUUUAGAAUGCAGCCUCUUUUUAAUGAAUGGGUCAUCUGAAAUAUUUAGCUAACCAAACACUCUAAUAAGCUAGUGUUAGAUACAUCGGCAAGAAUUUGGUCCAGGUAUUUGUACAUACUAUGUACAACUGAGAUUCAUUUAAUGAAGGCUCUGUAAUUAUUAUGUUUUACUGUGAAGAUUAUACACCCAAUUCCUGGGAGGGUCACUAAUGGUGAGGCAUCAUAGCUCAGUAGUACAGCAUAUGUUUUACAUGCUUGGGGUUUGAGAUUUAGUCCCUGAAUUCUCCACAAUCAGAAAAAUCUUGGAAUACAAACGUAGGAAAGACAUUUGCAUGUGGCCUUCAAGUUCUACUGACAGAGCAGAUAAAUACAGAACUUCACAUGGCAGCUGGAACAUGGACAAUAGCUGGGAGUCAUUUUGCUUGGAUGAGAAUUGCUAAGGUUAACGCUGGCAGCAUCCACUUUUAAUACUGAACAAUGAAAGUUUGGACCAUUGUAGCCAACUGAAAUGACAUGGGUUGCUGGUCCCAAGUUACAGACAGGAAGCUCAGGUGUGAAUAAACUAAUCUGCUUUACACAAGAUCACCCAGAAAACCUAUGACAGAGGCAGAACUUAAAUGCCAACUACCAGGCCUCCCUCUGUCUGGCAGCUGAGCAUCCACAUUCAGAUCCGCAGGAAGGUUGUGCAAAAGAGGACUAGGAAAUCCCACACCUGGUGCAAUUUCCCCUUCUACACAACUCUUAAUAGUAGAAUAGCUCUCCCAAUGUCUAGAGACACAUCGGCAAUUCAGAUAUGAUCCAAGGGCUAUACGCUUUGGUGCAAUUGUUGGUCAUAUAUACCUUUCAUAGCGUCCUGUAUAUUUACGCAUUUAAAAAAGCACAAGACCUAGAAUGUGAUAUGGAGUUGAGGGAACGCAGGGCGGAAUCUGAUGAGCAUCAGGACCUUUGUGGGGGGGCAGGUUCCACAGGCUGCUUGUAAAAAGUAACAGCAAAAAGUGUUUGAAGAUUAGGAUACAAAAAGGCUGAGAGAAGUUUACCAAAGCAGCUAGGCCUGAGGAAGGGACUGAUCUGGGAAGCAGUGGGGGUUGGUUCAUUAGGGUAAACGGGGCCCUACCCCACCAACCUCAGCCUGCCUGCCUUCUUACUUACAACCAGUCAAGGAGUGGCACUUCCUGGCAUUGGCUCUGACUCCACCUACUGUUGGUCUCCCUGCCUUCUGCUUUACAGUCCCAAUGGGCACCAGCCACAUCUAGGAAAAGAGGUGAAUUGUACAAGUGCAGUAGAGGGUACUGUAGACUGAAUUGUUGUGCUGAAGCUCCAGCUUACCUAGUGAGUCAGCGGCAGCGCAGGCCAGUGGGAAUGAGGAAGAGAUCUGAGGACAAAAUGUUGAUUGGCAAUAUCCCCACCCCCACCCCAGGAAUCCCUGACAUGGGGCUCCACUAUUACGGUGGACAGAAUUCAACCCUAGAUUUUUGGAAAGUGUUAAUGCAACCUAACACCACCAGAAAGGCACAUAAAAUUUGAAUGGGCAAGAAACCGCUUUCAUAUACUGUAUUAUCUACAGUUCUCAAAAAUGGAUGCAUGGCCUUUAAACAGUGCCUUGGGUUUAGGGUUGCCUGGUUCAAACCCUGAGACUGAUCCUG